AUGUUAGAAUCAUUUGCUAAAGGAGACUCCAAAAUUCCUGGUGAUGAAAAUUUAUCCGAAACAAAAGAAAAAUUGCAGCAGCAAUCAAAAUCAGAUUCAGUACUAUUAGUGAAACCGAGUCCAUGUAAUGACAGUGAGCAUCCACUGGAAUUCACUUAUGUGUUUUCUUAUUUUGUACGUCCACAAGGGAAAUUUGAUCCAGAAGAUUAUGCUUCAUAUGUUCAACCAGUGGCUUCAUUCAAUUCCGUGGAACAGUUCUGGAAUACAUAUUGUUUCUUGAAACGUCCUGCUGAUAUCACUGAAAAAGUAGAUUUUCACAUGUUCAAAGAAGGCAUCAAACCUGUUUGGGAAGAUGAGGCUAAUCGAAAGGGUGGUAAAUGGAUUUUGCGUUUGAAAAAGGGUUUUUCAUCGAGAAUUUGGGAAAAUUUAAUAUUAGCAAUGAUUGGCGAGCAGUUUCUUGUUGGUGAGGAAAUCUGUGGUGCUGAGGAUAUUGUUUCGCUGUGGAAUCGCACAGCAGAUAAUUUGGCGACGACAAACCGUAUUCGUGAUACCUUGCGACGGGUUUUGAAUCUACCUCCAAAUGCUAUUUUGGAAUACAAACGUCAUGACGAUUGCUUAAAGGACCAAAGCAGUUAUCGUCAUACAAAUGUGGAUUUGCCGAGAAGAUAA